AACUGGAAGAUACAGAAAGCUGAAGAAGUUGAAUGAAUUUGCAGAAACCCUAUAAUUUCAUUGGAGCUUGACAUCUCGAAUCUGCGGAAAUGGGUGCGAGUCGAAAGCUUCAGGGGGAGAUAGAUCGUGUUCUGAAGAAGGUCCAAGAAGGCGUCGAGGUCUUCGAUAGCAUUUGGAAUAAGGUUUACGACACGGACAAUGCGAACCAGAAGGAGAAAUUCGAGGCUGACUUGAAGAAGGAGAUUAAGAAGCUGCAGAGGUAUAGAGACCAGAUUAAGACUUGGAUUCAGUCCAGUGAGAUCAAGGAUAAGAAGGUUAGUGCCUCAUAUGAGCAGGCUCUGGUGGAUGCACGCAAGCUUAUUGAGCGUGAAAUGGAAAGAUUCAAGAUCUGUGAAAAGGAGACUAAGACCAAGGCAUUCUCCAAAGAAGGCUUGGUUCAACAACCUAAAACUGAUCCUAGAGAGAAGGCUAAAUCAGAGACAAGGGAUUGGUUGAACAAUGUGGUCGGGGAGUUAGAGUCUCAAAUCGAUAGCUUUGAAGCUGAGCUUGAAGGGCUUUCCGUUAAGAAAGGAAAGAGCAAGCCACCCAGAUUGACACAUCUAGAGACAUCAAUUACUCGGCACAAGGCUCAUAUAAAGAAAUGUGAAUUAAUCUUGAGGCUACUAGAUAAUGAUGAAUUAAGUCCUGAGCAGGUUAAUGAUGUCAAAGAUUUCCUGGAUGACUAUGCAGAGCGUAAUCAGGAAGACUUUGAAGAAUUCAGUGAUGUCGAUGAGCUAUACAGUCAAUUACCCUUAGACAAGGUGGAGUCGCUUGAAGAUCUAGUUAUAAUUCCCCCUGGUCUUGCUAAGGUGGCACCUGUGCUUAGCUUUAAGCCUCCUUCAGUACCAUCAGCAUCAGCUUCAGCAUCACAGACAUCUGAAACUCUGACUUCUAAUGAUCAAGAUGCUUCUGUCCUGGAGCAAGCUGAUGAUACAGCUUCCCAAGAUAGCAAUUCUGACAUUGGUGCGAGAACUCCACCUCCUAAAAGUGGUGUAGUUAGUUCUCCUACCUCAACACCAGCAGGGAAUCUUGGUACUCCUGUUUCUACAAAUGUUCCAGUACAAAACUUGUCCAGUGGGCCGGCUGUUGCAUCAGUUAUGCCUGGUUCAAAUUCAGUUUGGAGUCCCUUGGAGAUUAAUAGUGCUGUCAGUCCUUCAUCUUCUGUAAAUCAGUCUACCAAUAUGAAGGAAGAAGAAAUUAAUAGCUUCCCUGGGCGGAGACCAUUUCCAUCGCUUUCUGAUGCUGCACUUGUAAGGAAUGUCAGCAGAAACUCCCUUUCAAAUCAAGCAACAACUAAUGUCCCUCUUUUUUCUGGUAACAUGGUUUCCAGCAAUGCGGCCCCUGGUUCAGUCCCUUCAGCCUCUGAAAUAACUAAGAGAAACAUAUUGGUAGCUGAAGAUAGACUUGGAAGCAAUGGGAUGGUGCAGCCACUUGUAUCCCCCCUAAAUAAUAGAAUGAUCACGCCUCAGGUUGCAAAGGCUAAUGAUGGAAUUGCCUCUGUUGACUCUAAUGUUAAUGAAGCUGCAGCUGUGUCUGGGAGAGUUUUCUCCCCUUCGGCAGUUCCAGGGAUGCCAUGGAGACCUGCAAGCCCCUUCCAGAAUCAGAAUGAGGGGGGCCAGAUUCGUGGAAGAACUGAAAUAACUCCUGAUCAAAGGGAAAAGUAUUUGCAGAAGUUGCAGCAAAUGCAGCAACAAGGGCCCCUUCUAAAUAUGUCUUCUCUAGCUGGAGGAAAUCAUAAGCAGUAUUCUGCUCAGCAACAAAAUCCUCUAUUGCAGCAGCUGUAUUUGGAUGGAGAAGCUGCAUUUAAAGAUGAACAACAAGAAAGAGUAAAGUUUAAUUCUCAAGGCUCAUCUGUUUCAUCUCAAUCUGGCGCGGGACUUGGAAUUCAGUCACCAGGUCUCACUGUUAUUUCUUCUACCUCAUUACCGCUGCCACCUAAUUCAGUCCAUUCCCCAUCUAGCCAACAGCCAUUGAUGUCGGUUGUUUCUAAAGAUGCAGAUAUUGGCAAUUCCAAGGUUGAAGAAGUGCAGCAACAGCAGAUUUUUCCUGAUGAUUCGGGGAGUGAAUCUACUGCUAGUACUGGGAUUGGCAAGAAUUUCAUCGAUGAAGAUGAAUUGAAAUCCACAUAUGUUGUAGAUUCUCCUGCAGCAGUGUCUCCCUCUCUUGCAGAGCCUGCUCAGACUUCUAGAGAUAUUGAUUUGUCUCCUGGCCAACCUUUACAAUCCAAUCAACGCAGCAGUAACCUUGGUGUUAUAGGUAGAAGUUUUGCCGACCUUGGACUUGGAGCUCUUGGUGAUAACUUUAAUGGAUCAAUUGUGAAUUCUGGUGGAGUGCGUGAUCAAUUAUAUAAUUUGCAAAUGCUUGAGGCGGCUCACUUCAAACUUCCACAACCCAAGGACUCAGAACGUCCUAGGACCUAUACUCCUAGGCAACCAACGAUAACACCUUCUAGUUAUCCUCAAGUUCAGUCAUCUGUUGUUAAUAAUCCUGCCUUUUGGGAGAGAGUAGGUCUGGAACCAUUUGGCACUGAUACCCUGUUCUUUGCAUUUUAUUUUCAACAGAACACUUACCAACAAUAUUUGGCUGCAAAAGAGCUAAAGAAGCAGUCUUGGAGAUAUCACCGUAAGUAUAACACGUGGUUUCAACGGCAUGAAGAGCCAAAAGUUGCAACAGAUGAAUAUGAACAGGGAACAUAUGUUUACUUCGAUUUCCAUAUUGCAACUGAUGAUCUGCAACAUGGGUGGUGUCAAAGAAUCAAGACUGAAUUCACUUUUGAGUAUAAUUAUCUUGAAGACGAGCCUAUUGUCUAGAAGAUUCGUAUAAAUGCCAUCUGUGGAAGGCUUGAAUCGUUCAGGUAGACGUUUUGAGUGGAAGCUUACAGCUUUUUAUUUGUCUGUUGUGACAAUAUAAAUAUGAGGUCUGUGUAUAAUAUUCGGUGAAGUUGUAUGUAAUGCCUCGCCGGGCUGUCGGUUUGUUAACAUGUAAUAUGGUAAUAACAGCACUGCAUACUUAAUUAAAAGUAGCAAGACUCAAUAUAAAGUAUUACGAUAGUUCUCAAUAAUUAUGUGA